AUGCCUCUCCCUUUUACAGUGGAAAAAACAGGUAGGUGCAAAGUUACGGUCAUUCACUUUUAUACCUUCCGGAGUAGAGAUCAAGCCUCAUGGUGUCCACGCCAAACAAGCGGAACGCAGCCAAACAGCACGCCAACCGCGUUGCGAACUUUGAAGGAGCAAUGCGCUUGCUUGACGAAGGAGUCUCGAUCGCGAGGUUCGCUAAGUGAGCGCCAAGAUCGAUCGUUGAAGAGGCAGGGGGUUUUAGUCGUCAGCCUUAACGCCGUGUUCUUAGGGCUGGAGCAACUCGCCGUUCUAGUGCCACCUACUCUAGCGCCCAAAAGGCAACGUACUUUUAUGAACGGAGGCGUUCUCAUGACACGUCCUGAGAUGGUGGAGUCCGUCCUUAAAGCGGAAGCUGAGCUCCGGCGAAAGGCCGAAGACAAGAUCGCAAAAGCCGAAGAACGAUCAUUAAAGAAGGAGCUGAAGGCGCAAACUGACGUUCUGAAGAAGGAGGAACAACAGCGGAAAGUAGCUCUGAAGAGCGAAACGAAGGCAGCGAAGGCUACGAAGUCAGCAAAGAAGCCCCCGAAGAAACGCGUCGCAGUGAAGGGAGUGAAGACACCAAGAGAUGGUAAAGCUCGGGCGAAUUCGAGUGCGAACGCGAACAGCCCUCCCUCCGUCAAUAUUGCGAGUUGGCACCAUGUUAAUGGCCUUGAGCAUAGCUCAGGACUUAACGAACCCAAUGAGCGGGUACCGACCCUAGACUUGCGGCAAGAAGACGCUCUUAGCUUGCUCGCCUUGGCGGGUAGCUGCUCUGAAUUUAGUAUCGUAGUCUGA